AUGGCGUGGAUUCCAAUCCAAAGUGAACAAAGAAAGAAGAAAUUUAUUCAACUUUUUUCCUUCUCAUCAAACUCAUCAACAAUGGAGAAACAAGGACAUGGUCACAUUCCAGAUGAUUGCUGGGAACUUACAUUCAAGAAAAUGAGACAAGAUGAUGAGCGUGAUUGGAUUUUAUAUCUUUGGACUCGAGAUCUCGUUUCGGACAAGCAUAUACUUUUAGUUGCAAAAGCACUUCCUCCAUUAAAGAAGCUCGAGCUCGUUGGUUUUGAUUUCGGGGACCAGUAUUUGGAGAUCUCAUUGAAAUUGCUUUUGCUGGCAUGUCAAUUGACAUUGGAAGAGCUAACACUAGGAAGUUUUCCCCUCACAGACACAAGUAUAAGUGAAUUGGCUCAGCAUCCCUCUAGUCUAACUUUUAUAGAGCUUGAUGAUUGUUCUGUGGUCACCUUUUACACUCUCACAAAAAGUUGUCCUUUACUUGAAAAACUUAAGAUGACAUUAAUGAGAGGACAAGGGAUGGAUACUUUUUGUCUGGAUUAUUUACUUAAAAACAACCGUAUGUGGCACCUUGAUAUCUCCUCGAAUACGUGGUUGACUGAUAUGAAUCUCCAGAACUUUGGGCAAGUUUCAGAUGUUUUCGGGAGAUAUUAUGUCGACCUCUCUGUACUAAACUUAAAGACUUUGAGAACUCGUCGGAUGCAAAUUGAUGAUGAAGGAAUGACAAUGAUUGGAAAUAGGUGUCUAAAUCUCCGAUAUUUGGACAUUGGAUCAUGCAAAAAAUUGACAGAUGAAGGCGUAAUGGAGGCGGUGAGGAACUGCCAAAGAUUGAGGGAGAUAAAUUUAUUUGAGUGCAAAAAAGUGAGCAGCGAUAUUUUACAUCAGAUGGUGUUGUCAAGGCCCUCCCUAAGGAGAAUCGGUCUGCCACGUUUUGAUGAUCUCAGUGAACAGAUGAUGAAGGAAUUCUUGUCCUUCGGCUGCUGGCUUAGCGUACCUUCAACAGAACUCUUUUGA